UUUGGAUCUCACUUUCAGUGGGUAAUCAGAGUUCAAAAUGUUCGUGCUUUGGGUGCUACGAUUUGCUUGGGUGAUUUUUGCUUGUGGAGGAACCAGCGCAGCCUCCAGAAACAACUGUUAUCGAAAAGACUGUAAUGGAACAUGGUAUGACAUCCAAGAGGCUACUUGCUGUGAAAACAAACUUUACCCUGGUGCAAGUCUCUCUUGUUGUGGAAAUGAGCCUUACAAUCCGGAAACAGCCACUUGUUGUAAAGUACAGCAUGAGCACGACAUCAUAGCCAGUGUUGACCAGGGUCUGAAUGAAAAGGUAUCCAAGUGUUGUGAUCUGAAGGCGUACAACCCAGUCAAUGAAAUGUGUUGUCAGUCAACCAUCACAACAAAACCUGGACCAAUGGCUGAAUGUUGUGGUAAAGAGGUUUUUGAUAAGGAUAAGCAGUUGUGUUGUGGUCCAACUGAUAACAGGAUAAUUUUGGUGAGGAAUUCUAGCCACCACCGGUGCUGUGGCCACAACCAGUAUGACACCAAGACUCAGUGCUGCUGUACAAAUAAGGAAAACAUUCUGGAGAUACAACCUAAAGAUUCAGACUGCUGCAUGGAGGACUCUCCAGCAGGUAAGCUCACGUAACUGCACAU